AUGUUAAGACGAGAGUUGUCCAAGAAAGCCCAAAGAUGCCAAGCUUCACCUAUCCGAUCACCGUCGGGUCCGAUGUCUCCAAGAUCAUCUGUUUAUCGUACGAAGCCGGUUAUUCAUGCCGAUCUAAGCGGCGCAUCACCACGUCCCCAGGCACCAGUGAACGCUGAGCCUGCUGUUUUCGAGUUUCCGCCAAGCAAACAGUUGACGGAACUGAUCAAGGUUUGA